AGAGAUGCGCAGCUGCCCUCGCUUUCGUCCACUCGGAUGUCGUCCAGAUACGCAGCCUCCGACUACGAUUCCGCAGAAACUCGUCCAGACAAACCACUGGUUGUCAAGUGCAAUUAUGAAGGGUUAAAUAAGCGCAUAACGUUCAGUUCAAGCCGAACAUGCACCUUCGACCUCCUGAAACAUCGAGUGGAACAAUGUUUUUCUCUAUCUCAGACCUCUUACGCGAUAGCAUACACCGACGACGACGGCGAAACGACGGUUAUUACCACGGAGGGGGACCUCACUGAAGCAAUCCGCUACUUCUAUCCUGGCGGAGCCGACGAUCCCCCACUCUCCUCCACCGCUUCGAUCCUGUCGGGGCGCAGUUUUGGUCGCGGAAAGAUCACUCUACGUGUCAAGAUAACGAUCGACUACGACGGGCCGAGUCUGUCUGACACUUCUUCACUGGCGAGUACCGACGAGUAUCAGAACCGCAACGAUGACAGCUUUUCCCUGUCCCUGUCUACUUCCUCUGCUGGGUCUUUUGGUUUGGAACCGGAUGAUGAUGCGAGGACUGUGAGCUCAAAGGACACCGGCGCACGUCCACGGUCGAAGUACAGUUUCUUCCGGUCUCGUGGUACGAAAACGGUAGUGCCUGGGGCUUGCAAGACGUCGCGUCCAGUUACGAACGACGAGUGGGAAGAGGAAACAGUUUCAAGUGUUCCGAAGACAUUAUCCCUCAGUGGUGGAGGCGGAGGAAGUGUACUACCUUCCAUCGAGGACAAUGACGAGGAUGCCGUGUUCGAAAGGCUCAGGGAGCAGGAGGCAGAGAACAACGAGGAUCCGCAGUCUUCGAGCUACGGAAGCACCGCUUUGCAGAACGAGCGUGGUGUUGCAUGGCUGCGGGAGCAGAAUGAGCGGACCAUACAACUUAUCCGGCCUGUGGAGGGGACGCGCAGCUCGUCACAAGUCGACCAUAUGGACCAGUUAUCGGUACCAGACACGCUCUCCAUUCCCGAAGACGAUGUUGGCUCUACCAUGAGCGGAGAGCUUGCGCUGGAAAAGGGCAAUGAUGGACGCUUCUACUAUGCAUAUACAUCUGGCUCGUCAGUGUCCGCUCCUCCUAGCGUUGACUCUGGAUUUGAUGAUGACUCAAGCGUGGUAUAUGAUGCUGACAGAGCUGAAACAUCGGAUAUGCGACCGCCUUCCAGGGACGGGUCGUGGCAAGACAGCAAUUCCAGGCCUUCGUCAUCUAGCCGCCAUUCCCCAAACCAUCGCUCUUACUCAGAACCCAUCUUGACGCGCGAAGAGCUUCCUCCUGAUAUCCCUGCGGAACUCCUGCCAUUCAUUACUCAACCUCCGCCGCCCCCGGCAGAUCCAACCGACUGCUCGAGCUGCGGUGCCUUGCUGGAGCAGCUGCGCUAUGUCUGCGCAACAUGUGGCGAGAAGGAGCCAGCUAGCAGGACGCGGUUUAACGGGAUCGAGAUCAAUGGAAAAGGCAAGGGACGGGAUGCAGAAUACUUUGGCGCGUCGACUACCACUUUUAUGUAUCCUCCACAUGCGCAACGGACGAUGGAGAAUUCUCCAUCGGUCUCUUCUUGGACUCUUGUGGCAGAAAACAACGGUCCAUACGACGACAGCAGGAGCACGCUCAUCAAACACAAGCCACUACCGGCUCUGCCGUCUUCCCCGUCCUCUUCCCCGUCCAGCUUGACUAUCCCAAGUCUUGGACUCCGCUCUGGGAGUACCUCGUCGUCGUCAUUAUCUUCUCGCGGGCCAGGCUUCGAGCUAUGCUUCAACUGUAUUGCGACAGUGGGCAUUGUUCAUGCGCUCGAGGCGUCGAUAGACCCAGGUUCGUCGCCUCUUCAUGUCUCGCCCGAAGAAAGCCAGCGCACGUUCUCGGAGUGGAGGCGGACCGCGUCACGUAAGGGUCACUUGCGGCACGCGUAUAUCGAGAAGGUCUGGGGUCCGCGAGGCUGGGACAACGUCGAACACGACGAUCGAACGACAGUCAAAUGCUCGACGUGUCCUUCCAUCAUCGUUGGCAAGCGUUACAAGUGCGCCGUGUGUGAAAAUUUUAGCUUGUGUAAAGCAUGCUAUAGUCAAGUACAUGAGAUACAUCCCUCGGACCCUUUCCUGGUCAUCCUCGAGAAACCAAUGCGCACCCGCAGUGAGCCUGUCAUCGAACACCCUACUCUCACUCCAGAUGAGACUGGGGAGCUGUCCAUGACCCAUGCAGGCGUAAAAUGCGCACAUUGUCUCAUGGAAAUUGUCGGCGCGCGGUUCCACUGUGCAAUAUGCCCUUCGAUUGAUAUUUGCUCGAAUUGCGAAUCUGCUGGGCUGCCAGGGAACUUGGAUUCUUCGGACGAUGGCCAUAACUCCUCACACAUCAUGAUCAAGAUUCCCUACCCACUGCCGAUGCAAGAGCUCGAGAUCGCCAGUCGACGAGCGAAACAGCUGUGGGGCAGGGAUGCGGCGACGAUAGACGAGGAGGCAAGACGAUCCAGGCGUGGCUCUCUCGGUUCUGGGUAUGCACGCACUGUUAUUGGGCCGUCUGUGGCUCCCGUGGAGACCACAGGCGAAGGUGAGAGCCACGACAUCCGAUGCGAUGUGUGCCGAAAGAUGAUUCUUGGCGUGCGGUACCAAUGUGCGAUGUGUCCCUCUACGCCGCAGGGUUAUAACCUGUGUACAGAGUGUGAUGCUCGGUCGUACGCGGUACACGAUCCUAUGCACGUUUUCUUCAAGCUCCCACGCCCGCUGGACAUUCCGAUCGAUGUUGAUGGGCCACUGCUCCCGAUACUGUACGCUGUCGAGUAUUGCAGUUUC